AAUCUGAAGGCCACCCGUCGUUUGCCGAAGGUCGUCGAUAUGUAACAAUAUUAAAAUCCUUUAACGUGACGUGUGUUUUCUUAUUACAGGGCAACAAAAAGUAGAUGUAUUGGAAGGAGCUCUUCGUAAGCUGAACCUACAGAACGGUGGAUAGAACUAUUUUGUAGUAAAAUUUCCCUUUUUGUACCCGAACCGCGUCUUUUAAUUUUCAAAAUAUAUCUGUUGUGCUAGUAUGUCGCGUUCUUGCUCCAGAAGCAAUUACUGGUCCUGAUUGUUGUGUUGUUGGUUCAGAUCCGUUCCGCUUCCAAGUAAACGCUAAUAAUACAUGCUAGAGGUACAAUAUGUUUUUGUUGCCGUUUCGGUUCAGUGUUCGUAUUUGUUUUGGAAUAUCGUUCUUUGACGUAUCCUCAACACUACAAUAAUGUAUCUACGAGUAAAUGAUAAGUCUGGUAUGGUUUAUAUAUAAUCAUGUACAACGCCUCAACCAAUAAAAAAAACCGGGAAAUAAAGGGAAUAUUCUGUUAGUAAAUAAGGGUUAAACAAUGGAGCAAUGCACUAAGACGUCUCAUUUUCAUCGUAUCGUUAGAUUUGUUUUGAAGUUAUGGCUUGAUGGUGAUUUUUAGUAAAUACCAUUUGUUUUAGAUUCGUCGUUGGUGACAUUGUCGCUAACUCAGCCUUUCCAGUGUCGACUCAUCACUUAUAUCUACAAAAUUAUCUUGCCUAACUAUUUAACUAAAACUUUGUAACCAAUUUAUGACCUCUACUCCGGCUAAUAUUUUAAAGCACCUACAAAUCUCGAUUGGGAUAUCUAGUGAAAAGCGAAUUUCCUAUUUUAUUCGAUUUAACGUGUGAUAGUAUGAUGGUUUGUGAUUUCCUGUCGUUGAUGUUAACCAGUCAAUGUCAGUUGACAUGUGUACGUUGUAUGUGUAAGGCUACGACAAUGUCAGUUAAUCAUAAGCUUUAGUAAAAGGAUAUCUUAUUUCCUGGUAAAUUUGAGAUUCAUUACACGUAUACAGUAUUGUCAUGUUUUAAAAAUGAGUUGGUUGUGAAGAAUUUCUUCACUGAAUCACGUUUUUCUUGUGACCUAAUCUGUGUGUUUAAAUUAAUAUUGAGUUUACCGUAAAAUGUCACAUAUCUGCAUAAGAUCAGUUCCAACUGUCUGCAGUCAUUUAUCAACGACCGAUUAUAGUGAUGAUUUGUAGAAUGAGAAGGGAUUUUGUCUCGAUAUUUGAUAUAGAAUGGUAAUCACAACAUAUGCCUGCAUGAUAGAUGAAAUUCUCAUGCUAUAUUUGGUACUCAAAUGAUAAAGAACAUAACAGUUCUCCAUGUACAUGUGUUCCUCCUUUGAGGAAUAAUGUAGUGAUGAAUAUUAGAAAGUAAUUCACUAAAUGAAGAUUCACAACACUUAUUUCAACCGAAUUGUUGGUUAGACCAGUAAUUAAUAUAGUUUAGGUAGUCACCAUUCGGUAUCUUGUAACAAAUCAUUAGAAAUUUUCCCGAACCUUAUCAAUCUAACUACAGGAAUAUACAUACCCUAAUAGUCUUAAUUUCGAACUUUCUUUGUAGAACAUGGUUGAGAAUACUGAGGAUUUGAAGCGAUCACUAACGGAUUCGGUUAAUGAUUUAGGGUACAUUUUGUCUGAUCGUUUACGACAUGUAGAUGGCGAUUUCGAUUUUGAUAUGUCUGUUACUGCAACAUAUGACCUCGACACUCGACUCAUGCUGAUGCUUGACAAGAGUAUGAUGCCUGAGUCUAAUCUAGAAGAUUCCAUACCUGUUAAGAAUGCCUGGGUGAAGUUUGCCGCAACGGCCUCCGCAUACGUCUACAAAAAUGUUGGUGAAUCGGUUUCCAAACCUCUUCGAAAAUGGCUGGCGAAUGCUGCCAGUGCUGCGAUUCUCGCUGGACUACUUGCAGAAGUGCCUGAGUCAUGCGAUUCAGAUGAACGAACUACUUCUGAUGGAGAGACAUCUGUCGAAAAUAUCUUCACACCUGACAGAGUAGUGGAGAAUCGUCAAGAUGGUGCCUGGUACUAUGGCCGUUGGACCGUUGACAAUUUUGCCAACAGUUAUGAAAUGAUGGAUGUGAUCGAUGCUGAAAUGACAGAUGCAUGUAUUCGAGUGAUGAUUGCUGCUGUUGUUAAUUAUUUCCAGGAGAACAGAUUUGCUCCGUGUGGGUUGUUGAGAGACAGUUAUGCAAGUGCGAUACUGAGAAGUGAUCUAAUGGAUAGGUAUGGGUUGACAGACGAAGGUGACAAAAUUGAAGCGAUGCGUAUUACUGGUUAUUGGGUCUCGAAACUGUAUGUGUUCCACAUGGCGACGAAGCAUCGUGAUUUAGAGCACCCAAUCAGACCUAUAAAUAAUGUUGGUUUGGUACGUCCUCUGAAACUAGAUAUCAAACAGUGUUUCGAGGACUUGACAGCUAGAUUUAUCCGUACACGAAUCGCACAUCAGAUUGCCAGUCGAAUGGUGCGAUCUGUGUGUAUAGUGUUUUUCGAAGAUUUGAAUGAAUUGAUUGAGUUGCGGAAGCUGUACCGUCAAAUAUCCAGUGAUCCAUUUUAUUACCACACUGACUGUGAAUAUUUGACGAAAUCAUCUCGACCGUCAGUCAGUGACAAGAUGAGUAGUAUAUUUGGUCGAUUGGUCACCUAUUUGAGUGUUUUUGAGCCGAAUAGUGAACUGUUUGAUUAUCCGCAGUUGAAGAUGAAUGGUAGAACUCGAGAACAACACUAUGUUGAUUACAGUAAGAAUUGGAAGAAGAUACUGGAGACGAUUUAUACAGAGUUGUAUAUGCCGAGUGGAAGUCCUUUAUUGGAUGUACUUAGAAGUAGAUGCAGAAUCUCAGCAAAGAUUCCACAAAAUGAAAAACUUUUGAGAGAAUGUUGGAAUGAAUAUGGUGUCGAUUCGAAUAUUUUGAAAUAUAUUUUCCGAUACUCACUUAAUCGUUAGAUAUUAUGUUCACUCAUUGACAUAUCGAGAGUAAAACUUUGUUAAUAAUCGAUUUCAAUAUUAUUUUUUCAUCAGU